GGCAGGGCCGCCCGCCGCAGUCACCUCGCACAUACCGCGCCGGGAGGAGGGAAAAGGGCCCCGCUCCGGCGGAGGGAUACAGCCCCACGUAUAUAGCGGGACGGCGCAGGCUCACAGUCCCAGCACUCUGCGAGCCGCGCCGGGAGGAGGCAGCAGCCGCCGCCGCCGCUCGUGGUCGCGCAGUUCGUGCAGCCGCCGCCGGGCCCGCCAUGGCUGAUCAACUGACUGAAGAACAGAUUGCUGAAUUCAAGGAAGCCUUUUCCCUAUUUGACAAAGAUGGUGAUGGUACUAUCACAACAAAAGAACUGGGGACUGUCAUGAGGUCACUGGGUCAAAAUCCAACAGAAGCAGAAUUGCAGGAUAUGAUCAAUGAGGUAGAUGCUGAUGGCAAUGGCACUAUCGACUUCCCUGAAUUUUUAACCAUGAUGGCCAGAAAAAUGAAGGACACAGACAGCGAGGAAGAAAUCCGUGAGGCAUUCCGAGUCUUUGACAAGGAUGGCAAUGGCUAUAUCAGUGCAGCAGAACUACGUCAUGUUAUGACAAACUUAGGAGAAAAGCUAACAGACGAAGAAGUAGAUGAAAUGAUCAGAGAAGCAGACAUUGAUGGGGAUGGGCAAGUCAACUAUGAAGAAUUCGUACAGAUGAUGACUGCAAAGUGAAGAGACCUCCUUUACACCUUUUUUCCUCUAGAAGAAUCAAAUUGAAUCUUUUACUUACCUCUUGCAAAAAAAAUGUUCAUUUAUUCAUUCUGUUUCUGUAUAGCAAAACUGAAUGUCAAAUUACCUUCUGUCCACAAACUGCAUGUAAUGGUUGGUGGUCCUGUCCCCAAAAGAUGAAGUUAAACAUCAGUUUUACAAUAUAAAUAAUUGUACUACCUUGAAAAUAAAAAAAAAAGGAAGCACUUAGUGAACUCAAAAGUUCCAUUUGCUAAUGACUAUUACACUGUUUGGGCUGGCCAGUUUUUCAUGCAUGCAGCUUGACAAUUGAGCACAGUCAGACAUGUGUAUUAAAAGGAAAAAAAACAACCUAAAGGAUCCACUCUUUUGUUCAAUAGUGGAUUCUAGUUCAAUUUGUAGUGUAAAUUGUCAUAGCUGGUUUACUUUAAAAUUGGUUUAUACCUCAGGAUGGUAUGCAGCAAAAUGGUUGAAGGAUGCAAAACUUAAAGAAAAUGCCCUAAAGGUUGAAUGGUUCUCCUGUACGUAGCAGUGUGCUCCAAAAAUACGAUGAUCUUAACUAUGGAUGGCAUGUCUGUGUUAAAAUACUGGUUUAACAUUGUCUGCAUUGCACUAUAGUGAAACGGGUGUCAGGCUGUUACCGUUCACAAAAUUUUUAAAAGAAACCUUCACCAAGGGAGCAUCUUUGGACUCUCAUGUUUUUAAAACCUUCUGUACCAUGACUUGGAGCUGGCGGAGUAGCCUGUGGACUUCAGCACAACUAUCAACAUUGCUGUUCAAGAUAUUACAAUUUAUGUCCAUUCCAAGUUGUAAAUGCUAGUCUUUUUUUUCCAAUAAAAGACCAUUAACUUAAA